AUGACUUCUAUCUCAAAUUUUGAAUCAUUACCCGAUGAAAUUUUAUUAGAAAUCUGUAAAUAUCUUUUAUGUGUUGAUGUUUUACUCAGUUUUGAUAAUCUCAAUACACGUAUGACGUGUAUGAUAAGUGAUUAUUAUCAUCAUGUAUCAUUACAUAAAGCAUCAUACACACAAUCAUAUGAGUUAUGUACAAAAAUUCUCCCAAAUAUUGGUGCACAAAUUCAAACUUUAAUUAUUGAUAACUGUUAUUCAGCACUACAAGCAAUAGCAUUUCCAAAAUAUUUUCAAAAUUCUAUGUCAAUAUGUUUUCCUGAAUUACAAAAAAUAAUACUUGUUUCAUUUCGUCCCGAUCCAUUAUUAGUAUUUCUUAAAACUUUAUAUAAUCUUGAAAAAUUAUAUACUAUUGAUAUACGUAGUUUAUUUCGUGUACCAACAAAUCAACAAACAGAAGUUUUAUUAGCAUUAUUACAAGCAAAUAAUAAUCGUUUAACAUCUGUUUAUAUUGAUGAUCAAUCAAGUCAUUUAAAUCCAAUUAAAAAAUAUUUAUCAAAUCAAAUUAAAUGUUCAAAUAUAAUUGAUUUAAAAAUUGAAAUAUCAACUAUAUGUGAUUUAUCAGUUUUAUUUACUAUUAUACCAAAUAUACGUAAUUUAUCUGUAUCAACACAUAAAAAAGAUAAUUUAGAUAAUAUUAAUCGUAUAUUUACAUCUGAUAAAUUAAAUUUUUUAAAUAAAUUUCAAUUAAAAUCUGUUGAACGUUCAUGGUGUUUAAAUGAAUUAGUUAUUUUAUUAGAAAAACUUCCAUCAAUUAAAUAUUUAUCAUUAAAUUUAUGUACAUCAGAUAUAAAUUUAAUAAAUGGUGAAAUUUUAAAACAAAGUUUACCUAAUACAUUUGAACAAUUUCAUUAUGCUGUACAUUAUUUACCUGAACAACCAAUUAAUUAUAUUGAAUUAUUAAAUACAUGGAAAUAUAUAUGUCCAAUAAUAUGUUUGUAUAAUCCUAUGCAAAAUGAUUAUAUGUUUUUACAUACAUUACCAUAUUCAUCAUUUAAUUAUUUAGAAAUUUCAUCAUCAGUUGCUGAUUCAAUAUUAAAAAAUAAAAAUUCAUAUAAAGAUAUAGAACGUAUACAUGUUGAUUGUGAUUUUACAUUAGCUGAAGCAUUUCCAAUAAUUAGUUAUUGUAGAAGAGCUAAACAUAGUAUGAUAUGGUUACAUGGAACAGAUACGAAUAAUCAUAAUAAUUCUAAUUCAGUUCAAACACAAACUCAACAAUAUGAAAAUAACAUAUUACCUAAAAUGCCACGUCUUCGUCGAUUAACUCUUGUUGGUAGUGCACCAAAAGAUCUUCAUCAUAUGUCAACAAUACUUCUUGCUGCUCCAAAUCUUUUUCGUUUGGAUUUGAAUUAUAAUACAUUAAUACUUUUACUUGAUAAUAAAGAUAUUUGUAAACUUCUACAACAACGUAUAACUGCAUUAACAAUUAAUCAUAUGUCAUCAUGUUCAAUAAAUACAAAAAAACAUAUUACACAUAUUGCUUCAAUAUUUUUACAUCUUCGACAUUUAUAUAUUGAUAUGAGAUCUUUAGAUAUAACAAUAGAUUUAAUAGUUUUAUGUUAUUAUGAUGAAUUUUCUAAACAACAAGCACCACUUAUUUCACUUUGUGUUGAUGGAAAACCAUCGAAUGAAAUGAAAAAUGAUGCUCAUAAAUGGUUAAUCAAUCAACGAAAUCAUCUUCAAUAUAAACAAUUUGCAGCUUUUUUUAAUGAAAAAGCAGGUAGAUUACUUAUUUGGAUGUGA